AUGGAGAACCGAAUAACCAGCCAGUUUACCACGCCGUUGGCAUCGGCUUAUGAUAACGAUGACACCACCCAACCCACAGUCGAGGAUCUCAUCAUCAUUGAAGAUGAAGAAGCCUUUUUAGAAUUGGGAAGCUCUUUGAAUCAGUAUGAGAACUCCAGUAACUCUGAGUUGGUCAACGAUUUUAGAUCAUACCUUAAUCAGAUACUCUACAAUUAUUACGACAACCCUAAUAGAAACAGAGGCUACACUAGCGGCAGCAGUCUUCGGUCAUCGAUUAGCCAAACUCAACAAAUUAUCGAUUUGAAUUUCGGAGUGUAUAAAAGUUUCGGGGACGCCAGCUCGUCGAUGAUAGCCUCAUCGUCAUCAUCGUUUCCUCGGCCAUUGGGGAACGAUGACCAACUUUUGCGCCAGCAGCUGAACGGCCGUAGCAGGCACUCUGUUAUCACCAGAAAUCUGUUAGAGCAUAUUCUUAGGGAAGAGUCAUGUUUGCUUAAAGAUGCCUCUAAUAUCAUCGAUGGUGGUAAAUCUAGUACCAAUAAUGACCCAGAUUUCAUUAUUGACCACCAAGGUAUCUUCUGGAGGAAUCAAGCCCAAAGAGAGAUGAUGUUUCAGUCUAGGCAGUUGGAUUUGAAGAAUUUUUUCAAUAUCCAAGAUUCUUGCCAAAAGUCUAAACAGAAUAUAAAUACCUCACUAACGUAUUACACUUCUCCAUCAGCGAUCUCCUAUACCAAUGCAAGUUCCACCAUUCCAAGUUCGUCUGCAUUUUUCCUGUUCAAGAAUUUUUUCAAGAAUGCCAAACCAUAUUUAGUUCAUUUCCAACUACGAAACCUCGUAGCUUCAGGAUGUGAUAAUUCUGUUAUUGUCAGCGACUACAAUGCGGUGCUGCAAUUGGACCAGUACUUGCACGGCAAUACACUAAAAGGCACCACAAGGGGCUUUGAAAUCAAACAAUUAAGUCCUCAAACGGGGUCUGUUGAUGUUUUGAUCGAUCAAAGUAAAUUGAAGAAUUCAUUCAAUCAGCAUAUCAAAAUAUCCACAUUAUCAGCCAAUCAGGAUUUAGUGGCUGCGGGGUCAUACACUGGUGAUUAUCUUUUGUACAAUAAUCAAACAAAGGACAUUUACCAGGACAUUUUGACGACCAACGCCAAUGGUAUUAUAAAUGUUGUUCAGCUUGUUCCAUCAACAUCACCUAAAAGUAUAACUUCCAGCGUGUUGUUCGCUACCAAUGAUUCUUACUUACGUAAUUUCAAUUUAGAAAAACAAGUGCUUUCCAAUUAUCGUUUCCCAUUCCCGAUCAAUUCAUUAUCCCUCAACCCAUCGAACCCUGAUUUGAAGCUCAUUGUCGGGGAUUGUUUGGAAUCUUUCAUCAUUGAUGGUAGAGUGUCCCACAAGCAACCAAUAUUGAAAUUUAGCAAUCAUCAUGAUUAUAGUUUUUCUUGUGAUUGGAGUAAAUUCAAUGAGAACCUAGUGGUGACCGGUAAUCAAGACGGCACAGUUGUUCUCAAUGAUUUACGGAAAAUCAUUGUGAGACCUCAAGAUGCCGAUUGUGGUGUAUCAUCUGGAACCCGUACUGACCAGCCGUUUACCGCUAAUGAGUUACUCGACGCUAAUCAGAAGAAAUGUUACAUUGGAGAAUGGGAAGAUGCUGCCUGUUUUUCGACAUUUUCCAGUGAUCUAACCAAUAACAAUAACAGUGUACGAAACGUGAGGUUCAGUAACAGCAGAAACUUUUUAUUCUUUGGGGAAACCGUGGAUAAUGUCAACGUUAUUAACUUGGACGAUUUGACAUCCUUUGGUGAGCCGAUAUCCGGAGCCCCAACAAUGUCUAAUUAUACUUAUGAUGCUUAUUGUUUUGAUGAUUAUGGCAGCGGUAGUUUUAGUGAAAGUUCUUCGGCUCAUAUUCCACGGUCCUAUUCGAAUUCCAAUAAUUCAUCUUCAAGAUCCAAAUACACGGUAUCGGGCCAGUGUAUUCAAACAUUUGGCAAAAUAUCGGGCUUAUGUGUGAACGAUUGCGAAGAUGGUAAUGGUGAGGUGUUGACAAUAGGUAUAAGCGAUGAAUCGGUAGGUGGAAUCUUGCAAUAUGAGUACGAAAGUGGGUCCAAGUGUUUAGAUUUUGAUUUCUUCUAG